AUGGCCGAACCGACCUUCCUCGGGAUGCCCGUGGAAGUGCGCUUGGUCAUCUACGACAUGUACUUGAUGAAGCACCAGCGGGUCAGGCAGAAGUGUCAGCCGGCCAAUGACCACCUCAAGCUUCUGCGUACUUGCAGACAGAUAUACGAAGAAGCACGCCCAAUUUUCUGGCGAUACGUGUCCCUAAGGAACGAGCUGGAGAUCAAUGCGUUCAUCCUCAAUGCGAGCGAUGCCAUGGCCGCUCGCAUCCUAUGGGCCGACGUAGCCAACGACGGGCGCGUCUUUAAGCCGCUCGAAAGGAUAUCGAAACAAGAGGUGAUACCGUCCCCUUUAUCCAACCUGCACCUCGCGCUUCGCCGCAUGCCCUCGUUGCAACGGCUGCGCGUGAGCCGUUGUAAUUUUUGUUGUCCAGGAUCCGGCAGCGGUGCACCACGCCUGGCCCUCGAGUUCGAGUUCGCCAUGUACCCGUCGGCCACAGCACCGCGUCUCUCGGCGUACGAGAUCUUCAUGGACGCCGAGAGCAGGGUGCAGCCUUUCCAGGUCAUCUCACCGCGGUCCGUCGAGAAACUGCGCCUAUCGGGGGAGGUCCGUCUACCUCCUUCCGUGGAGGCGCCGGCUCUCCGCCAGGUGACGCUCCACUCGAUAACGGGCAACCAUUUCGACCGCAAUAAUAUAGAGAGCUCCUUCCCCGGAGCUUGCCUGGAGUCCUUCUUGUACGCCCAAGGCCACCGCCUCGGCUUCGAACUCCGGAAUAGGCACCUGGAGUCCGUGGUCGCUCUUUCCGGGUCGCGGCUACGCACGCUGGUGCUUCUCGGAUGCAGCCGUCUAUCCAGCGCGUGCAUUGCGUCCUGCUUGGAGCAACUUCCCCUGCUGGAGAUCUUCGCGCUGAGCCUCGUAACGGUGGACGAGUUACGGACGAACUUCCUGCUUUCCUUGCCGCUCACGGUCUCCGUUCUGAAAGUUCACGUCGUGAAUGCUUGGUAUGCGGUACCCCUACGGGUAGAGGAGCGCGGGCUUUUGGAUGCUCUUGAGAACUCUAUCAUGGUCCGCGAGAAGCCACCGAAACGCACGACUCUCAAUUUUCGCGAACAACUACUCCUCGAAGACGGGCGAAAGGAGAGACUAAUGGAGCUGGCACAGCUUCAUGAUAUUGAUUUAUGCAUUAAGCCUUGGGAGAACGACUGUGAACAUGCUAUAUAG